CUGUGUCUCGGUGUCACGAAUCUCAGACAUGGAUACCGCAAAAUCUGCGUGUUCCAGUGCUCACGGAGGGACUGCUUCCACCCUGGGAACAGGGAUAGAGCUAGUAACGCUACCUUCGGUGACGACCACAACAACCCACACCGCCAGCAAUACGGCAACCAAGUCUACGUGCUCUCACAGGAGCCCGUGGAUCGUGGCUGCAGGGCGUGGUGUGUCGUUGUGGGGUCGACGGCAAUCAUGAUCCCAACCUUCGGCUUGAUGACGACCAUUGGUAUCUUCCAAGUCAUCUGGAAGUCCAACCAGCUUUCUGCCCGGUCCAACACGGAGAUCUCCUGGAUCAUAUCCAUCUACGGCUUCCUUGCGGUUCUUCUAUGUGGUCCUUUCGGUGCUGUGUUCGACAAGUAUGGCCCUCGAUGGAUCCUGACGCCUGCCGCGACGCUCUAUGCCGCAUCGUUCCUGGGCGUAGCGUUCUGUACUCAGUACUGGCAGUUCUUCCUCUGCUUUUCCUUUGCUGGAGUCGGUGCCGCCGCAUUGACGACGAGUGCUCUGGCAGUCAUAAACCAUUGGUUCGACAAGAAGAAGGGUCUGGCGAUGGGAAUCUGCACCAUGGGCGGGGGAGUCGGGGGCGUGAUCUUCUCUGUCCUACUCCGAUUUACUACGAAACAUCUUAACUGGAUGAAGGCAAGCCUCGUCCAUCUUGUUGUCAUUUGCGUGUUUCUCGUCAUCGGAUGCGUUAUGAUCAGGCCCAGGGUACUAAAGCCCUCCGAAGGUAAACUGUGGGACUUUUCUUGCUUCCGCCGCUGGAAGUUCUUGCUUUUUACCCUGAGCGUGUGUGGUUUCGAGCUUGUCCUAUUCGUGGCCUGGGGUCUGCUGCCUACAUUUUCCAGCAUAGUCAAUCUCGGGGACGUCUUCUACCUGAUGUUGGUAUUCAGCGUCGGUUCUACUCUGGGGAGAGUGAUUCCGGGAUACUUGACAGAUAGGAUGGGUCCUUUCAACGUGACUAUCAUGAUGACAAUCAUCACAGAGCUGACUAUGCUCUCCCUGUGGCUUCCCUUUGGCAGUACGUCGGCUCCCGUCCUUUACACGGUUGCGUUCCUCCUGGGAUUUGGCACGGGCAGCUUCGUCUCGACUGCUGCCACAUGUCUCGGAAGGCUCUGCGACGUCCAGGACAACGGCACUUACAUCGGCUGCUGCUACGCCGUGGUGAGCCUGGCGACCUUGAUCGGCAACCCAGCGAGCCAGGCCGUUUUGGGCGACGGCCAGCACGGUCGUACCCGCUUGACCGUCGCUUUCCUGGCGGCCAUUCUCUUUCUGUCUCUAGUGAGCUGUUGUUUCGUCCGGUGGUUGUGCUUGGGCAAGACGUGGAAGUGGAGGGUCAAUGUAUAA